CUUGGGUCCAUUGUCUGGAGGCUUUUUUUUUCUCUCUCUUGCAGGUGGGAACCUUAGGGGAGGUCUCGGGGAGGGUUCCAGCAGAAUAGUCAACAGUUCUCCAGGUGUGCCCUUUCAGGGGCAUGGUCUCCUCUGAUUGGUCGGUGACAGGGCAGGGUGCCUUUAGUCACUGCAGUUAGUUCUGGUGUUGCUCACCUGGUUUGGCUGCUUUUCUGGGCCUGGAGCUGCAACACAACUAGGCUUAGAUGUCAUCUCCAGGGAGGAAAUGUUACCCUGAAGGUGUUGAGAAGUUGGUCUUUCUCUACGAGAACGACUUCACUUCUGUUCUAUCCUGAGAGGAGGCCCGGAGGAGAAGACCCCGCGUGGCCAUGAACUCUACCAUCACCGGCUGUGAGCACCCUGACCCCUUGCAGAGGGGCGAAAGUGUUCUCAUCUUCCACGGUGCUGGCCAAGGCAAGAAGAAGGAGGGCCAGCGCGAGAGUCCCAGCAGCAGCCACCUGGCCUAUGGCAUCUUGGACAUCCCACCGUGGUAUCUCUGCAUCUUCUUGGGGAUCCAGCACUUCCUCACGGCCCUGGGAGGGCUCGUGGCAGUGCCGCUCAUCCUGGCCAAGGACCUGUGUCUGCAGCAUGACCCCCUCGCCCAGAGCUACCUCAUCAGCACCAUUUUCUUCGUCUCCGGCAUCUGCACCCUCCUGCAAGUGUUUUUGGGAGUCAGGCUGCCCAUUCUCCAGGGAGGGACAUUUGCUUUCCUGGCCCCCUCCCUGGCCAUGCUGUCUCUUCCCGCCUGGAAGUGUCCCGAGUGGACACUCAACGCCAGCCAGGUGAACACCAGCUCUCCUGAAUUCACCGAGGAAUGGCAGAAGAGGAUCCGAGAGUUGCAGGGCGUCGUCAUGGUCGCCUCCUGUUUCCAGAUGCUCGUGGGCUUCUCGGGACUCCUCGGCUACCUCAUGCGCUUCAUCGGCCCCUUGACCAUCGCUCCGACCAUCUCCCUGGUGGCCCUGCCUCUCUUCAAUUCUGCCGGCAAUGAUGCCGGGGCCCACUGGGGGAUCGCCGCCUUGACCGUCUUCCUCAUCACGCUGUUCUCUCAGUAUCUGAAGAACAUCGCAGUGCCCGUGCCCCUUUUUGGACGGCAGAAGGGGUGUCGCGUCUCGAAGUUCCCGCUGUUUCAGGUCUUCCCUGUGCUGCUGGCGCUCUGCAUUUCGUGGCUCCUCUGCUUCGUGCUCACGGUGACCAACGCCCUCCCCUCGGCCCCCACGGCCUCUGGGUACCUGGCCCGCACCGAUGCCAAAGGCAGCGUCCUGAGCCAGGCCCCUUGGUUUCGAUUCCCUUACCCAGGACAGUGGGGCCUCCCCACCAUCAGCCUGGCUGGGGUCUUUGGGAUCAUCGCUGGGGUGAUCUCCUCAAUGGUGGAGUCUGUAGGCGAUUAUUAUGCCUGCGCCCGGCUGGUGGGGGCCCCACCCCCUCCGAAGCACGCCAUCAACCGCGGCAUCGGCAUCGAGGGCCUCGGCUGCCUGCUGGCAGGGGCCUGGGGGACCGGGAACGGCACCACCUCCUACAGCGAGAAUGUUGGGGCACUGGGAAUCACCAGGGUGGGGAGCAGGAUGGUGAUUGUCGCCGCGGGCGGUGUGUUGCUCCUGAUGGGCGUGUUCGGGAAGGUCGGGGCUGCGUUUGCCACCAUCCCAACCCCCGUGAUCGGAGGCAUGUUCCUGGUGAUGUUCGGGAUCAUCUCCGCCGUGGGCAUUUCCAACCUGCAGUACGUGGACAUGAACUCGUCCAGGAACUUGUUUGUCUUUGGCUUCUCCAUCUUCUGUGGGCUCGCCAUUCCCAACUGGGUGAACAAGAAUCCUGAGAAGCUCCAGACAGGGGUUCUCCAGCUGGACCAGGUCAUCCAGGUGCUGCUGACCACGGGCAUGUUCGUCGGUGGAUUUCUGGGCUUUCUCCUGGACAACACCAUCCCUGGGAGUCUGGAGGAGAGAGGCCUCCUGACAUGGAAUCAAAUCCAGGAGUCUUCAGAGACGACGAAGGUCUUGGAGAUCUACGGUUUCCCUUUCGGGAUUGGCACCCGGUCCUGCUCUCCCUCCUGGACCCGGUAUCUCCCCUUCUGGCCCAGACUGGAAGGUGGUAGGAAAGAAGAGGUGGGAAUGAGCCAGCGCACACUCUGUUCCCAGGAUCCCUCAGGAGAGCGUCCCAAGGGAGCCCUAGAAACCAGGAUGUGAGGCUGUCUCUUCUGACCCACGUCCCCAAGCCCUCCCCACCCACCCCUACCCCAGGACGUGCUGAUCGCCCCGUGCACGCACAGAUGGGGACCACACCCUCCUGAGCACCUCUGUUGGCCUAUCCACCUCUGUGGCCAGAUAAGCAUUAACUGAAGACCACGACAAGCGUGCUUGGACGAGGCCAGGCCUCGAACUGCAUCCUUCCGCUGGUCUCCAGCCUUGCACCUCCAGUAUAAACCAGUGCAGCCCGGUGUCCCUGCAGAAACACCCUCAGUCCACAUGUUCUCGACAGUAUUUUGAUGCUUUGGGAGAAAGAGGCCUGCGGAGUGGGGCAGGGGACGGAGAUGGGGCACUUGGCUGGAAGAACAGGUCUCUUCCUCCCCAAAGAGGCAGGUGGCCCUGCGGGCCCCUCCAGAGGCCCUUCCCCUCUGUGUCCCUGCUGUUUGUAACCCCCGCACACCCCCAGGGAGAGUCCUUGGGGUUCGGCCCCUACAUCACAGGACAGUGAGUGGUGAGAGCUGGGCAGUGGAGGAGACAGGAGAUGAAGCGGUCCAAGAAUGUGGGGGUCUGCAGUGGAGGGGAGCCCCUGUGCUGUGAUGUGUAAACUGUAAGGAGCCAGGCGAACCCCUUCCCUCUGCACGCUCAGCGGACUAGUCAGGGUUCUCCAGAGAAAGUGAGCCCAUGGGUUGUGUUUGUGUGUACAGAUACAGACACACGUGUACACACAUACAUGUGUGUUACUAGAUAUAUAUACCCAUGUGUGUGUAUAUAUAUAUAUAUAUAUAUAUAUACACAUAUGUGGUUGAUAUAGAAAUAUACACACGCAGGAGAGAGACAGAGAGGGAGACACUUUAAGCAAUGGGCUCCUAUGACUGUGGGGGCUGGCAAGUCCGAAGUCUGCAGGGUAAGCCAGUAGGCUGGGCAGAUUGGAGCUGAGUCCCUGAGGGUGAUCAUUGCAGGACUCCCUCUUUCUCGGGGGAGGUCAAUCAUUUGGGCUAUUUGGUCCUUCAACUGAUUGGACAAGACCCACCACGUUGUGGCAAGUAAUCUGCCUUACUCAAAGUCUACUGAUUUAAACGUGAAUCUCAUCUAAAAUAAAUACCUUCAUAGAAACAUCUA